AUGUUGCCGUACGCUGUUCGGCAGCUGGUGUGGAUGCUCACCAGUGCCCUGCAGCUACUCUACGCGCUCAGCACAGGAGUGGUGUGGGUGGCGCAAAUGCUUCGCCUUUUUGUCUACAGCGCCUGUGUCGCGGUCUGCUUCAUCCCGCACUGCUGGUGGUACCUGACCUCUCCCAACAUAAUCCGCCGCGUGUCGUACCGCUCCUCCGAGAAGACGAAGCGGCGCAACAUCCUGCGCGUGCUGGAGGCGGAGGGCGUGGACCUACGCGAGGUGCUGCGCAAGGACUCCAUCGUGCAAGCCAUGCAGCCACCACACCAGGUGCAGCUGUCAUCGUCCUCAGCCGUUGCGCUUGCGGUGGCACGUCGUCGACGUCGUCUCGAGAUUGCGGCUGCCACCGGACAGAGGGAUGGGGCAGGCAAAGACUGCACUGGUUGCCAGUCACGACAACGGCCAGCGCGCGGUCCACUAACGCCACGCCACCACCGCCUCGUGCCGUGCAGGUCUCCGUCCUCGGCGUGCAGGGAAGGAGAGGCGGAGGCGCCUGCCGUGGACCAGCGCAUGCGUGGCUUCAGUGGUGAUCACAGACUACCCCACGCAAUCGACGGCGAGAUUGAUGAUCGUGCUCUCUCCCUGCUGUAUCCCACCUCCUUAUCAUCCCCUCUGCGGGACGGGGAAGCCUCUGGUGGCGGGUGUGAUCAGCGCCUGCCACCUGGCCUCAACAGCGAGCCGUUGGGCCGCGGCUCCGACAACUGCGACAAGAUCGCCGUCGUAUCCUCGUCUUUGCAGCGCCGCCCCCACCCAUCACCUUCGCACUCGGCGUUCAAUGGGCCACGUCACGGCGGAACCGAUGCCUCGACGUGCGAUCCGCACAGUGUCACAGCGCUUGAGCGGCUGGUGGGCACCGCCACGUGCAACCUGAACCCGGCAGACGGCUCUGCCAUGCGCAGCUUGCCUCUGCGCCAGCCUCAGCAUCCCCAACUACAGCGGUUCUCCAUCGGAGACACCGCUGCGCAGCGCUCACGAGAGCCAGAAGGUGCGGAGCAGCAGCAGGAGGCUCACAGUGGCCCCUCCGUGGCUGACGCGGCACGCGCCAAGGUGCAAAGUAGUCUGCCAUCAAGCAGCGGAACGGAAAACCAGCCUUACAAGCUUCGGCGUAGUGCCGCUGGUGAUGAGGCUGCCACCACACGCGCAGCGCCGGCUGAUAGCAUGGAAGAGCCGAUGAACAGGUGCAACCAUCUUGGCAGCCAGCAGCAUGUGUGGGCGUAUGAAGGCCGCCCUGUGUACUACGAGACACUGCCCAAGGCGAGCCCCUCGAGCGAUCCGAUGCUGCGAGACAUGCUGGCCGCCUUUCACGACGCGGAGGGGGUGAAGGUGACGGCGGGGCUCUCACAGGACGAUCACAGUUCAGGGCCGCAUUCACGGCGCCAAACCGGCGGCGCGACGGCGAGGCGACAACGUCGGCGAAGUGGUGCACCACCGCAGCACCGCCGCGGGCGCGCAAAGCGCGAAGCGUCGGCACAUGCGCUACGCACGCCGCACGCCCGCACCUUCUCCGAAGAAAACUUCUUCGUCGAUCUCGACGAGGAGGACGAGGAGGAUCGCAUGAACCUGCACAACCGCGCCACGGUGGACAUUGUUCUGCCAGCGCCACUCGAUACCAUCAUGAAGACGCUCCAGUACGCACAGCAGAGUAAGCGGCUACGCCGCAAGCGCUUUCCCAUUGUCAUUGACGUCUCGGGGGCGAUUUGGAUCAUUGGCAGCCACCUCUGGAGCACCAUGAUAGCCCGGGUGCUGGCCCAGCGCGGCUACGUCGUCUUCUGCCCCGACUAUCGCAACUUCCCGCAGACAACGAUGGAGGGCAUGACGCUGGACGUCUCAGACGCCAUCGCGUGGGUGUUGAACAACGCAGAGCGCUACAACGGAGACCUGAACAACGUGACGCUCAUUGGCCACUCCGCCGGUGCGCACCUGACGAUGAUGUCGCUGCUCUCUCAGGCGCAGCUCUCCGCGUACCGGUGCAACGCCGAGCAAGGCACCUACGAAGGUGUCCCACCGCCGUCAGACGUCGCCUACAACGUCCUCCGCUACAACCCGCGCGAGUCGAUUCACCGCUACGUCGGCCUAAGCGGCAUCUACAACGUCGAAGGCCUCGUGAACCACUUCCACGCAAAGGGCCUCUACCGGGACGUGCUGUACCAAAUUGCCGGUGGACGGGACCAACUAGCGCGCUACUCUAUCCACGCCUACUUCGAUGACCGCCGCGGUGGCGACACGGGCGAAGUGCUGCCGGACAACAUCUUCGACUUCUUCCCUCAGCGCAUGUUUUUCAUGCACGGCGAUGCGGACAAGAGCGCACCCAUCGGCGAGAGCUCGUCCCUGGUCGGUAUGCUGCGAGCUGCACAGGAGCGCUACACGCAGCGUCGCAGUGUGCGCAACGAGGAGGCGCGGCGUCACGCUCAACGCAGCCGUCGUUUGCUACCUGGUGUCUUGACUGCCGCAGCAGGUGAAGCGAGGAGCAGCAGCACAGCUCCCACAACCGGCGUCUCCACGAGUGCCUCGGCACGGCGUACCGCAGCGGUGGGCUUUGCUAACGUGGGCUCGACCGCCAUGACUGCUGCCGAAGGACCAUUCGGCGCGGCAGUGAAGCUGACCGACCCCUCGGAGAUCAUCUUAGUCCAGAACAGUGAUCCUUUCGAUACCGACGCAGCACCGUACUUGCCGCAGCAGCAGCAGCAGCAGCCCUAUGCGACAGACGCCCCUCUUUUUUCCAUUUUGUCGCCCAUGUCCAUCAGCCCCAUCAUCCCUUCCUCACGCGAGGACCGCGCUCAGCCGCCGGUGGAGGUGGGCUUCCUCGUGAUCUCUGGCGGUGGGCAUUCAGACGCCUUUGUGGAUGAGUGCGUCGCAGCGGGUCGCAGCUGCUGCGUCGACUUCCUCUGCGACUACGAGUCGGCAAUCGACCUCCAAGGCAACACCUCCGAGCCUGUCUCGCACAGACUCGACUGCGAGGGCAUCAGUGGCGACCCCCUCAGUGGCUCAGUGUGGACCGCGUCCAUGACGGCAGAGGACAGGACCCCACUCUUUGGUGCACACGCGUCGAAGAUGAGCGUGAUGCCCGACGCGGUGUUGCCGCUUGCCGUGCCGUACGAAGAGCGCUCGCUUCCACUACGACUGUGCACAAUGAUUUCUCCCUUCUAA